AUGAACUGGACGGGAGGCAAGCUGCAACGAAAUUCGAAGAGCAAAGGCAAUGCUGUGAUCGAACGUCAAAAGUCGCACUUUGCCAAAGCCCGUAGCAAGGCUCCAAACAGAACCAAUCCUUCGAUUGAAGCCUGGAACGACAUCUCUCCGACUCGACCUCCAUCUCCUCCUCCAUUCAAGAAAGCUCGGACUCAGCAUAGGCAAUCUCCACGGGUACAAAAAUGGUCCAUAUCUGGCCAAAAUGAUGGACGCCGCCUGGUGGGCGACUUUGUGUUGCCAUCACGGGAUAGCAGUGACAUUCACGUCAGGGUAGGCCCGCGAGCGUUCGCAAGUCAGCUCGACACAACCGUGGCUAGUCCCUCGACCAGGAUUCGAUCACACUCCACCGCGCCUUCGGAUUACUCCUCAAACUCGAUGCUUCUUGAUGGGCUCGACCAGCGAGGGUCACAGGCGAGAACCUCCAGUGAUAACAAGCCCUACCAAUCAGACCAAAGCAACAGCAUAGCCUCACCAUGCAUGCGGGAACAAACGCGGUUCGCUUUGAGUGAUUCGCUAGAGGAUGUCUUGCGAAAUCAUGAUGAUACCCAGUUUCCCUCAGACUUUGCGACGUAUGCUUCAUCAGCUGUUCAUGCUGUCGCAAGUUUUGGCAAUGCUUCGAACAACACAUCAGCCAAGGAUAUGCAAAGCCAUCCAGAUGCGGCUGAGCGAUUGAGAGGCUCACCGGUCAAUCCGCUACCUGAGCACUUAAACAUCUCUGGUCCGUUUGCACAAGAUAGUUCUGUUCGUCGCGGUCACGAGGACACUGGAGAUAACGAUGACAUCUGGAUGAGAUUCAUUGAGGAGAAAAUAGAAGAUGGUCAGACAGAAAAUGAUCGUGGCUCAGGAUGA